AUGUUUCUUGAUCGAGCCCUGAGAACAUCUAUCGACGACGCCUUGAAGCAGUUCCCAGCAGUCCUGGUCACUGGGCCAAGGCAGUCAGGGAAGAGCACGCUUCUACUAAAGCGUUUCUCGACGGGUGCGGACUACGUCACCCUGGACGAUCCUCUCGAACGGGCCUUCGCACGCGACGACCCCAACGGAUUCCUCGACCGCUUCGCCGAACGCCGGGUCAUUCUCGACGAGAUCCAGUACGCCCCCGAGUUGCUGAGCUAUCUGAAGAUUCGGAUCGAUCAGGAUCGCCAGCGCUCCGGCCGCUGGUUGCUGACCGGAUCGCAGCAGUUUCAUCUGAUGGCGCAAGUCGGCGAGUCGCUGGCGGGCCGGGUUGCCAUCCUCGAGCUACCGCCCUUCAGCCUGUCGGAACGGCCGCAAACCGACCUAGCGACCGCGAUCUGGCAGGGCGGCUAUCCCGCGCCGGCGCUCCAUCCCGAAAAGCGCGAGCUCUGGCUACAGUCCUAUGUCAGGACCUACGUCGAACGGGAUGUUCGGCAGCUGCACAACAUCUCCGACCUGGCGGCUUUCGAGACCUUCCUCGCCCUCUGUGCUUCCCGUCACGGCCAAGAGUUGGUGAUGUCCGACAUCGCCCGCAGUGUCGGCAUCUCCCAGCCGACUGUCAAGACUUGGCUCGGGGUGCUCGAAGCCUCGUACCUGGUCGUCCUGGUGCGGCCCUACUUCGAGAACUUCGGCAAGCGACUGGUCAAGAGCCCCAAGCUCUACUUCUUGGACUCGGCAUUGGUCGCCUACCUCACCCGACAGCCCAGCGCCGAGGCGGCGCUACACGGGGCCAUGGGCGGCGCCCUAUUCGAAGGUCUGAUCGUCAGCGAAGCCUUCAAAGCCUACGCCAGCCUCGGCCAGCGACCCGAGCUUUACCACUGGCGCACCCACGACGGCCUCGAAGUCGACCUCCUGCUACGCCACAAUGGGCAGCUGCUACCGGUCGAAAUCAAGCUCACAUCGACUCCGACGGCUCGUCACGUCAAGCCGCUGAGCAAGCUCGCCAAAAUCCUGGGUGAGAAGGCCAGCCCAGGCUUGCUGGUCUGCCGGAUCGAUCAGGAAAGGGCCAUGCCCGGCGGACAGCGGGCGAUUCCGUGGGGUGAGUUUCCAAACAGGCUUUCUUAG